AUGUCGCUUCUCCGUCUGCAAUCCGUGUCUGCGCGCGCCUUCUCCACGUCGGCACAGUGUCUCAAGGGCCACUCCAAGUGGCAGAACAUCCGGCACACCAAGGCCAAGCAGGACGCCAUCAAGGGCAACCUAGCCACCAAGUUUGGCAACCAGAUUGCAACCGCAGCCAAGAUGGGCGGGGCCGAUCCCGCCGGCAACAUCCGACUGGCAACUAUCAUCGACGCCGCCAAGUCGUACAACGUGCCCAAAAAGACCAUUGACGCGGCGAUUCGGCGGGGAGCCGGACUGGACGCCAAAGACAAGCAGAUCGAACAGGUUUUCUACGAGGGCAUCGGGCCGUCGGGGGUGUCGCUCAUCAUCGAGUGUCUCACAUCCAACCGAAACGGCCUGCUGGCCAGCCUCAACACGCCCUUCAACCGAGCCGCGGGCAAAAACUCGGGAAUCGCCUUCCCUUCCACAGUCCAGUUUCUCUUCACCCGAAAGGGCUGCAUCACCAUUGAGAAGGAACAAAAGUCCAUGGUGGCGCCGGACCCGGCUAACCCCAUGAAGAAGAUCGAGCAAGUGACGGUGCUCGACUUUGACCACGUCAUGGACCAGGCCAUUGAGUGGGGCGCCGAAGACGUGGAGGAAGAUGUCGACCAGGACGGAAAGGUGGUCUCCUACACGCUCUACACCGACGUGCAGGACACUGGAGCCGUGGCCAAGCUGGUGCAGGAAAGUGGCAUUGCCGUGGCCGACUUCUCCAUCUCCUACAUUCCCAACGAAGAUACCAUGGUGGACAUUGAGGACGAACACAAGGCCGGCGUUUUCCAGGCCUUCAUCGACUCCCUCGAGGAGAUUGACGACGUGACAGAGAUCUACACCAACGCCAGAUAA